CUUUCCUUUCUGAAUCCUCGAGCACAAGGGAAGAAGGCGGGAGAGCAGCUCGACGAAAUGCGUUAGGGUUCAUUGUCGUCUUCGCUUCUCGUCGCAUAGUGCGAUCUGUGAGUUCCUUCCUCAGUUCCUCGUGUUGGAAUCGGCAGCAACUUGGGCGGAGAAGGGAGGAUGUCUUCUCCUGUUCCUCCUCUUCCGAGAUGGACUGCGAAGCCUUGCAUAAUGGGCAUCGAUGAAGCCGGAAGAGGCCCCGUUUUGGGUCCCAUGGUGUAUGGCUGCUUGUACUGCGCGAAGUCCUACCAGAAGACCCUCGCCACUUUGAACUUCGCAGAUUCUAAGACUCUUAAAGAGGAGAAGAGGGAAGAGUUGUUCGAGAAUCUAAAACUUGAUGAAUCUAUCGGAUGGGAAGUUGAUGUUAUAGAUCCACGGGAGCUAUCAGCUAAGAUGUUAAAGAGGACGAAAAUCAAUUUGAAUGAGAUCUCUCACAAUUCAGCUAUGGGUCUUGUCAAAAGGGUUCUUGACGUGGGAGUUUUAUUGACCGAGGUGUAUGUGGACACUGUUGGAGAUGCUGAGAAGUAUAGAGUCAAAUUGUCUGAAAGAUUUCCCGGUAUACAAUUUGUCGUGGCCAAGAAAGCUGACAGCCUUUAUCCUGUUGUUAGUGGUGCUAGUAUAGUUGCUAAGGUCACUAGAGAUAGAACGUUGCGUGAAUGGACGCUCGAUGAAACUGCAGAGAAUAUGCAUAGAAACUUUGGAUCUGGAUAUCCAGCAGACCCUGAAACUAAAGCAUGGCUGGAUCACCACAAGCACAUGGUGUUUGGUUUUCCAACAGUGGUGCGCUUCAGUUGGGGAACGUGCACGCCUUUCUUCAAGAACAUGGUGGAAGUGGUUUGGGAGUCUGACAAGCUGGACGAAGAAAAUCCUUCCAGCAGUGGGAGAGGGAAACACCAGACGAAACUCACAAAUCUUGGCAUCACUGGAUGCAAGAGGAAAACCGAAGAUAUCGAGUCUAGCGGUAAGGGGCGGUCUAAGUUCUUCCAGACUCGGAAACUCCAAUUAGUAUCAGAAUUCUAAUGAUGUUUUCGGCCUCUGCUUCAUUUGCUUGAUAGCAAGGUAGGUAGUUAGUUCAUGCUAAGCUGAUUCGAUGUUAGAAUAGAUCCUACACUCAGUGUUAUUCGAGAUUAAACUGUACUUUGUAUAAUUGUGAAACGUGUUUCUUUUGCCAUUGAAUUGCAUGUUUGAUACAAGAA